AGACUGCCACGUGUAUAGUGACUGUAGUCAGGGGAUCAAGGAGUUUAGGCACAUUCUGUUGUUUAGCUAGGAAAAACAAACCAGGAGCUAUGCGUUUCUUCAUAACAUUCCUUUGCUUUAUUCAAGCGUUUAUCCUCCUUACUGUUUUCAGUGAAGAACAAAAGACAGAAAAUGAAGAGGAACAAGUUAAAAUCGAAGUGCUGCACCUACCCAGUGAAUGCAGUCAAAAGAGCAAGAGAGGAGACCUUGUCAAUGCGCAUUAUGAUGCUUACCUAGCACAAAAUAUGACCAAAUUAUCCUGCAGUCGUGCAACAAAAGAUGGUCACCCAAAAUGGUUUGUUCUUGGCGUUGGACAAGUUAUUAAAGGCCUUGAUAUAGCGCUAAUGGGCAUGUGCAGUGGAGAAAAAAGAAAAGCAAUCAUACCCCCUUCACUGGCAUAUGGAGAAGCAGGACAUGAUAAAAUCCCACCUAAUGCAACACUGAUGUUUGAAAUUGAACUUUAUGGGAUUAACAGAGGCCCACGAAGCGCGGAGGCAUUUUAUCAAAUAGAUCUGAACAAUGACAAGCAGCUAUCGAAAGACGAGAUUAGCCACUAUUUAACAGAAGAAUUUAAGAAAGAUGGGAAACAAAGAGACCCAUCUGUCCAUGGCACAAUCUUAACAGAUAUAUUCCACAAGAAUGACCGUGAUGAGGACGGCUUCAUAUCUGCAAAAGAAUACAAUGUGUACGGACAUGAUGAGCUAUAGUGAAUUGUUCUUUUAUUUUUUGAAGCCCUACAUGUCAGCAUUUCUGAACCUGUGCACAUUGUAGAAAGUAUUUAUCAGCAAGUGCCUUAUGCCAUGCUGGAAAAUUAUUAUCUGCUACUUAUACUGGGCUAGAAAUAGCUUUCAUUGUUUUCUUUGGAGCAGGUAGUUCACAGAAAUCAGUGAGCCCCCUAGCUCUCCAGCCACAAAUAGAAGUUACUUAUCUCCAUGUUUUAACAUAAGGCUUAAAGGAGAAACAUCAAUAAGAAUUAGGAAUGAUCCCAGUCAAUUGAAUUGGGAAAUUUUUCACAUUUUGUCUUGUGACCUCUGGUCAUCAGUGGGUUUCAGAGAAGUGUAUCAGUAACUUCAUAGCAACCAAACUAUAAUUUCGGGAAAACUGACUUGCAUUGCAAAUGUUGCCAUGGGAACUGCUGACAUAUCCAAGGCAAAGGUUUCUUUGUCAUCAUAGCAACCAUCACAACACUCAUCAUUCUGAUUUCUUAUAGACUGUGUGCAGAAAAAUUAUAUGUGGUUACCAGAUGCACAGAUGUCAAAUGCUGAAAUACAAAAAAACUGCAUACAGAAUGUUAUGUAAUCUACAAUAUUUGUUGUACCUUAAUUGCCAUCCAACUUCAAAUAAAAAAAAAAGUUAACCAAUAGUAACUAACCAAUAGGAUGUAUGCUUCUAAACAGGUAUCCCAGCACAUGCUACCUGCUGAUUGGUUGCUAUAGGUUACGACCUGUAGCAAACUUUGCACCCUCUAUUACAUAUCCCCCAUAGGAAUCUGUUUUUAUGUCUUGCACUAAACAGGAAAAGAAUUAAACUCAAACAAGCAAUUAUGGCAGGAGCAAGAUUACCUAUAGUCAUGAUGGGGUUAUCACAAAAAUAACUGACAUACGUUUCCAGUCUGUGUGCUGCUGUGAAAAAUAGAAAACCUAAUAAAAUUCAUUUCCUUAACAAAAA